AUGGAAAAGAGUAUCGAAACAGACGUAUUCCCUCUUUACUUGUAUAUUCUGAACGAAGGCAUUCCCAAGGACUUUGAUGUCCAUCAAUUCUUGAGAGCCUUCAAGGUAGGUUGCUUUGAGGUCAAUGAAAUUGCAUUGAUGCCUCAAGAACUGGAUUAUGCCACUCUGGUAUUUGUUGAAAACUGGACCGAGUAA